UCUCUACCGCCAACAUGCUGUGAUCCCGACCGCCGACCCUCGCUGUGCACAAGGGCUGGAGCAACUUCUCGCACCUGGGAAUCCUCACUUUACCAGCAUCUCCUCCUGCAAGGACACCAUGCGCAAUAACAACUCCUAGGACGUACCGCUGCCUCUGCUGCCAUUUCAGACCUAAAAAUGUAUUGCCUGGAAUUGGCACUGCUAUCAGUUUUAUGCAGCGUAUUUUACAUUCCCACCGUUAAUGCAGAAGGAAAGGAGGGAGAGAUCCUUCCCCCUACAAUCCAGAAGCUCAUGAAAGGAUAUAACAAAUAUCUGCGCCCCUUCUUUGAUAAUGGGCCUGUGACAGUGGGAAUGAGUUUGGACAUUGCCAGCAUUGAUACAAUAUCUGAAAUUAACAUGGAUUACACAGCCACCAUAUUCCUGAGACAGCGCUGGACUGAUGAACGGCUCUGCUUCGAAGGCAACAAGAGUUUAAGUUUAGAUGGUCGUCUGGUGGAACUGUUGUGGGUCCCUGACACAUUUAUAGUGGACUCCAAAAAGUCAUUUCUUCAUGAUAUCACUGUAGAAAAUCGUCUCAUAAGGAUUUAUCCAAACGGAACAGUACUUUAUGCCUUAAGGAUAACGACGACGGUUGCAUGCAGUAUGGAUUUGACAAAGUACCCUAUGGAUAAGCAAACCUGCACACUGCAACUGGAGAGCUGGGGCUAUAACAUAAAUGACGUCAUGUUCUACUGGACGAGAGGAAAUGACUCAGUGCGAGGUCUUAAUACCCUCCGCUUGGCGCAGUAUACAGUAGAAGACCACUACACUUCUGUGUCUGAAGCCGUAUAUGAAACUGGAAGAUAUCCAAAGCUGGUUUUCCAUUUUGAUCUCAAGAGAAAUAUCUUAUACUUUAUUCUGGAGACCUAUGUACCAUCUAUUCUUUUAGUUGUGCUCUCCUGGGUCUCCUUUUGGAUCAGUCAGUCUUCAGUACCAGCCAGAAUUUGUAUAGGUGUCACAACAGUCCUUACCAUGACAACACUUAUGAUGGGCGCCAGGACCUCUCUGCCCAAUGCAAACUGCUUUAUAAAGGCAAUAGAUGUCUACCUUGGCAUUUGCUUCAGUUUUAUAUUUGGAGCCCUUCUGGAAUAUGCAAUCGCACACUUUUGCACCCUUCAUCGACUGGACCAAAAGAACAUCAUAAAGGAUCUUGAAGAAGAAGACAUUGACAUGAAUGGGACCAUUAAUGCGGUUUCCAGUCGGGAAAACAGUCGAACCAAAACAGACACCAGUAAAAAUGAGAAGAGGCGGGGUGGUCGCAUUCUCUUGUCACUCAUGAAGAGAAUCCAAUGUAUUUUGUAUUGCUUCCAGAUUAAGAAUCCACAUCACAUCGAUAACUACUCUAGACUUUCUUUUCCGUUGUGCUUUAUUGUAGUUAAUGUUUUUUACUGGGUGUAUUAUUUGUAUUUUUGAAACAAUUAUGCUACAGAAUAUACAAAAGUACCUCUAAAAGCCAAAAAAAACCACACACUCGAAUAGUAAUAUUCUUUUGUAAAAUAAAUGCAAGAAAUUAUAAUUAUUGCUGUUAAUUAGGGAAAUGUUUUGCAAAUAAGUGCAAUAAUAUUUAUAUUGGUGACACAUGAACAAAGGGAUUUUCCUAUCUCAAAUGAUCACACUUUUCUAAGCUAUGGCAUCACUUUCUGAUAGGCAGCGCUCCUUGCACAGGGAAGCUCCAGCCUAAUUCACUUGUGGAUGCUUAUGUGCACAAUAUGCCAUGUAAAACUGAGAAGCGACUGUAGUUGUAAACCAGAACUGUGGGCCCUUUAUUCUCCAGACCACCAGGGGGUCCAGCAGCCGGAACCACACCAAUCAGAAAGUGAGGGUAUAUACUACCAAUAUGCCAUCGCUUUCUGAGAUGGGACUUCUUUAAUGGGCUGCCUCUGCCUGCAGAAUGGAAUAAGCCAUUCAAUACGUAAAAAGUUAGAACCAUAUAUUUCUGCUUCCUACAAGUGUGUGAAUGGGGACAAAAAAACAAUAGGCAAAAAAUAUG